AGGAAAAGUGGAUGCGUGUCGGUGCUUUUGUGCGUCUGCGGGCGGACCCGGAGCGCUCACAGCCGCCGUCGGUCGCCGGAGGACGGUGCCGGAGCGAGUAACGGAGGCACCGGAGCGUCCGCAGCCUCCCAUUGAUCCCGUCAGUUACAUAACGGAGCGCAUCGAUAACACACUAACUGUGAUAACGGAGCGCUCAGGUCGGAGUUGAAGCCAUUUUUCUCUGCACAGACAGGAAGUCCCACGGGUUCACGCAGCGGCUGCAGAUUUAGCAGCAAGAUAGAGGGAGGUUUCCCCGCCGCCGCCGUCAUGAACGUGGGCACGGCGCACAGCGAGGUGAACCCCAACACCCGGGUGAUGAACAGCAGGGGGAUGUGGCUCUCCUACAUCCUGGGCAUCGGCCUCCUGCACGUCAUCCUGCUCAGCAUCCCGUUCGCCAGCGUGCCGGUGGUCUGGACCCUCACCAACCUCAUCCACAACCUGUGCAUGUACCUGCUGCUGCACACGGUCAAAGGGACGCCCUUCGAGACGCCCGACCAGGGCAAAGCUCGCCUCCUGACGCACUGGGAGCAGAUGGACUACGGCGUCCAGUUCACCGCCUCGCGCAAGUUCCUCACCAUCACACCCAUCGUCCUGUACAUCCUCACCAGCUUCUACACCAAAUACGACCGGGCCCACUUCGUGGUGAACACCGUGUCCCUGCUCACCGUCCUCAUCCCCAAGCUGCCGCAGCUGCACGGCGUAAGGAUCUUCGGGAUUAACAAGUACUGACACGGCAGACGAGGACGCCUCCUUCCCAAAGUCCCUGCGGACCCGCUGAGAGCACACGGAGCGUCGGGCCUCCGAUUUGGCUGCAGAACCGCGAGGAUCCACGGCCCGUCGGCCUCUGAAACGAAGCCCACUGAGGAUACCGCCGUGGUACCCGAGCCCAGGACGGACGCUGUGGAGAGGGAGCGCGACGGGAAAGUGUCCUGUUGAGAUUGUUUGCGGCCUCUGUUGAGUCGCAGGUUUCCCCCCAGAGACACGUUUUAACGGUAGAGUAUUAUUUCUGUAGAGUUUUCUGACAGGUGUCGGCGUGGGAACGACGAGGCUGGAGCUAUUUUGUACGUAAUGACACGCUGCUGUAUUUAUUCAGCUUCACUCCCACGUGUAGCUUCCUCUUUCUGGAGGUUUCUGAGGCUCGAGAGGGAACAGGCGGAACAGCGCUUUAAUGAAACGGUGAAGAGACCCGCUGCUAGAGGCGAGAAACCACGAGGUUUUUAUAUUUAGCCGCUCCGCUCGAGAUGGGCGAGUUAAGCAGCCCUUAUUUUUAUCUGACCAUUUCCAUAUUUGGACGUCUCUUGUCCUGGUUUGUGUCACUGCGAGCGUCCCGUCUGGGCCGAGUUCAGACAGUGUGAGAGCGAGCCAGCAGUCCUGCAGUCUGACUUUAGAGUAUUUCUGUCCUGGCUCCGAAGCCGCUCUGGUGGAAACACUGGGGACACGUUGCAUUAGCAUGACCUGUAGGCAGACUGCACACGCUUUAUUAGCUUGUGCAACCUUAGUGCAAUCCAAACCCAGCAGCGGCCCGGUUCUGUCCUCGCCUCCGUUCCCACAUGUGAAGGGAGCAGUAAUAAAAGGAGGGUGAUGAUAAUAAAAGAGUUUUAAGGUGUAGCAGGAGAGACGAUGGAGGUCGGCGCUGUUUCCAACCAACACGUGUGCUAAACCUGCAUCGUUUAGAAGCGAUGGAUCGAUCCAGCCGACGACUAGCGAGGAAUCUGUAAACUUUCUUCCAUCAUCACCGUAAAGGGCUUUUAUGCAAAGACAUGCUGCACGUCUCCGUAGCAACACAUCUUCAUGCAUUUUACUUCUUUUUUUAAAACCGGUUUCUGCAAAGAACUGAAUGUCGAUUCAAUGUAAGUGUACUUUUCAUCCUGUCACCCCAAAGUACAGCUUUUUUUUUUUUUUCUCCAAGCAUCACAUCCAAUAUCUGUUUUGUGUUUUUUUAAUACUUUAGUUGAUGGUUUUAUUGAGACGAUGUGAAGAACUGAGUGAUUUUUACUUUACUGCUCAGUAGUCGGUACUCUGUGGGAUCCUCCUGCCUUUUUUUUUUUAAUUAACUGUUGUCUGUGCGGUUCAUUAAGGGCGGUAGAUUUAAAGAGCAGGUGGAUUACUGUUAAUCUGCACAGACAGGCUGUAUUUAGGACGCCGACUUGUUUUGACUUGGAAGAAGCUCAGUUCUUUACUCGACGUUUCUGCUCGUAGUGAAGGAACGUUACAGUCCGCAGAAAAACAAAAACAACAAAUGUUAAAGAAAAAAUGUACCAAAUAAAAGUAGAAUCCUGUUUCUGAAA